AUGCUCAUCCUCAAACGGGCACAGAGAGCAGCAAUUCCUCUUCUUCAAAUUCCCAGUCAUCAAAUCGGCUAUCGACUGCAAUCUGAAAUCUCGAAGAAGCCGUUCAAAUUGACACACCCACCCCAUAGGCAUUCUUACCUUACAGACGCCAUCCGAUCCCACCAGUCUAAAAAGAUGGCUCCUCAACUCGACGGCUACUUCAAGCAAGUAGACAGCCUCUCCAACCAUUUUAUUGAACGUCUCCGAAAGGCCGUUGCCAUUCCAUCUGUCUCUGCAGAUGAAGAACGCCGACCAGAUGUAGUUCGCAUGGGAGAGUUCCUCGCUGCUGAGCUAUCAGCUUUAGGAGCAGAGGUUGAAUCAAGACCACUAGGCCCGCAACCUGGACAUGAGCACAUGGAGCUCCCACCCGUGAUCAUUGCUCGCUACGGAAACGAUAAGAAGAAGCGUACGAUUCUCGUCUACGGUCAUUACGACGUACAGCCUGCGCUGAAGGAAGAUGGGUGGGGUACGGAACCCUUUACGCUUACGAUUGAUGAUAAGGACCGCAUGUAUGGCAGAGGAAGCACCGAUGACAAAGGACCUGUUCUGGGAUGGCUGAACUCGAUUGAAGCCCAUCAGAAAGCCGGAAUUGAUUUCCCAGUCAACCUUCUGAUGUGCUUUGAGGGUAUGGAGGAAUCCGGCUCAGAGGGCUUGGACGACUUCAUUAAUGCGGAAGCAAAGAAGUACUUCGCAGACGCGGAUGCUGUCUGUAUCUCAGAUAACUACUGGCUCGGCACAGAAAAGCCCUGUCUAACGUAUGGUCUUCGCGGUUGCAAUUAUUACUCCGUCGAGAUCUCUGGACCCGGCCAGGAUCUGCACAGUGGUGUAUUCGGCGGAACAGCUCAAGAACCAAUGACUGACUUGGUACGUGUACUUGCAACCCUCGUCGAUACCAACGGCAAGAUCCAGAUCCCAGGUCUGAAUGAGCUCGUUGCUCCUCUUACAGAGGAAGAGAAGGCUCUAUAUGGCGACAUCGCCUUCACCAUGGACAACAUCCACGAAUCUCUAGGCAGCACUACAACGAUUUAUCCAGACAAGGAGAGGACUCUCAUGGCACGCUGGCGCUACCCCUCGCUUUCGGUCCACGGUAUCGAAGGUGCCUUCUCUCAACCCGGUGCUAAGACCGUGAUCCCAGCCAAGGUCAUCGGUAAGUUCUCAAUCCGAACAGUUCCCAAUAUGGAGAUCGAGGAAGUCAACACUCUCGUCUACAAGUAUGUUGAAGAGCAAUUUAAGAAAUGUGGGAGCAAAAACACUCUGAAGUGCUAUGCGCAGCAUACAGGCAAGUGGUGGGUCGCUAGUCCUAAGCAUUGGAACUUCAGCGCAGCUGGAAAGGCUGUGGAGAGAGUCUGGGGCGUCAAGCCUGACUUGACAAGAGAGGGUGGCAGUAUUCCUGUGACCUUGACAUUCGAGGAAGCAACCGGCAAGAACGUGUUACUUCUCCCAAUGGGAAGCUCCACAGAUGCGGCGCACUCAAUCAAUGAGAAGCUUGACAAGAAGAACUACAUCGAAGGUAUUAAGCUGCUGGGCGCAUAUUUGCACUAUGUUGCCGAAGAGCCAAUAGAAAAUUAG